CUGCCAUUGAGUCAAACAGUGAAUCUGGCAUCCUGCGGGUGGAGGAGCAGCACACUAAAGCAGCUAUUUUCCGCUUCCCCAUCGGUCCAGUUGAAGUAUUUAAUCUUAGAUUUUUUUUAAUUAGAAGAUAUCGAGCGUUUACUGGUGAUUGAAGCGCAUUUAUUUUUGAUUUUUGAUUUUUGAUUUUUUUUUUUCUCAUUAAAUCAAUGGGAAGCUGCUUGCCCGAUCAAGCGUUGACGAGUCAGCCCGGUCAAGGUUCGCAACUGCACGGGUGGAUUUAUUAUUUGUGGAGAGGCGGGGGAAACAUCUGCAGCGAGCGCCCGUGGAUGAUUGUCUAAUUUCUUCCAGCAAGGGCGUGAAGGAGCCGAGGUUGUUCUUCGCGUCGUCGUGGGAAUGAGUUGCCGCAGAAAAAGACCGCAAAGUGGAAAUACACACUGCUGAUGACAAUCUAAAGUUUAAUCGUCAUGUCGGCGGUGAUGAUAAGCAGGAAGGUGCGGAAAUGGGAGAAGCUGCCGGGCAAGAACACUUUCUGCUGCGAUGGACGGGUGAUGAUGGCCCGGCAGAAGGGAGUCUUCUACCUGACCCUAUUCCUCAUCAUAGGGACCUGCGCUCUUUUCUUCGGCUUCGAGUGUCCGUACCUGGCGGUUCACCUGUCUGCCGCCAUCCCAGUCUUCGCCGCUGUGCUUUUCCUCUUUGUUAUGGCCAUGCUACUGAGGACCAGCUUCAGUGACCCGGGGGUCCUUCCUCGCGCUCUGCCAGAGGAGGCCACAUUCAUCGAAAUGGAGAUUGAGGCUGCCAACGGCAAUGUCCCCAGUGGGCAGCGACCGCCUCCUCGAAUCCGCAACGUUGAGAUCAACAAUCAAAUCGUCAAGCUCAAGUACUGCUACACGUGCAAGAUCUUCAGGCCACCGCGAGCGUCCCACUGCAGCAUCUGCGACAACUGCGUUGACCGUUUUGAUCACCACUGUCCGUGGGUGGGCAACUGCGUGGGCAAGAGGAACUACCGCUACUUCUACUUGUUCACACUCUCUCUCUCGCUGCUCACCAUUUACAUCUUCACCUUUGACAUCGUCCAUGUAGUCAUGCGUUCAGUGGACGAUGGCUUUUUGAGUGCUUUGAAGGAAACCCCUGGAACGGUGCUGGAGGUGCUGGUGUGUUUCUUCACGCUGUGGUCAGUGGUCGGCCUUACCGGCUUCCACACCUACCUGAUCUCGCUAAACCAGACCACCAAUGAGGAUAUUAAAGGAUCCUGGUCAGGGAAGAAUCGAGUGCAGAACCCCUACAGUCAUAAGAACAUCUUUAAAAACUGCUGCGAGGUGCUGUGUGGGCCCACGUACCCAAGCGUCUUGGACAGGAGGGGCUUGACGCAAGAAGAUUCACUCGUUUCUGCAUCGCCUGCUGCACCAUCCUCCUCCUCCUCUUUAUCCUUUUCCAACAACAGCAGCAAGCCAGUGCCGCCAACCACUAAAACUACGGCGCCGCUCAUUCCAAACGAGCACACGCCCGACGAGGCCAAGCCGAGCAUCGACGUCUCGGCAGAGCAGUGCUGCUCUGAAGAUGAUCUUCCCCCUUCUUCCUUCAUCCCCCCUUUGGCUUCGCCUGAGACUGACGCUGAGGCCUCCGUCCCCAAGGACAAGAACCACUAACUGCGAUCCUUUGAGUCCUGAUCGACCAGGAACUCUCAUAAUACCCCAAACCCGACUGUGCGCUGGUGACUCAGUUCCUCUGCUUCCCCACGUGAGUGACGCAUCUGAUCUAAUGGAGGGUCAGCGUCUUCCCGUCUCCUGAACACUUGACUUUGCAAGUCUCACCGAGGGAGGGAAAAAAGAAAACGUGUGCAUGACGACAUGAUGAGCUCCACUCGGAUGACUUUUUUUUCCAAAUCUUGUAUUGACUUCAAAUGUGAGCGGCCGAUAUAGUCCAAGCAAGUGGCCGGCCGGCACCGACAUUGUUGCUUCUCUCCGCGUGUAAAUUGUCAUUCAUUCCUUUUUCUGUUGUGCGUAUGUUACAUGCUCUAUGCAAAGGCAAGGCUGGACAAGCGGUGUUUGUGUGUAGCUGACAUUGUAUUGGCUCUGUACAGGCAAGUUAAACAUCUACCUUGUAUUCUAUGAUCUGCUGCAUUCAGUACUGCUACUAUAGCAAUGGAAACGCCUGGAAACGCUUCCUUCUUUUCCCCUCUCUUUUAAUACAUAAUUGUUCAAGGAGUGUAUAUAAUUGUGUGACACUCGAAAAAUCUUUAUCGGGAGGAAUCCCACCAUUUGUGUGUGACUGCGUGUGUAUGCGGGCGUGUUUGGCUUUUGAUGUUCUUAGAGCCUGGUAGCGAUCGUGCCUUAUAAUGGACGCAACAGACGUCUGUCAACAAAGACACCCCCAGUUAAAUACAAAAUGGCAACAUUCAAACGUUAGAUAGCAUACAUGGACUACUCGCAAAAAGUUAGGGAUAUGGCGGUUCUUUGAGAUUUGGAUGUUUUUUCUGAGACUAGCACUGUAUGGUCACUUCAACUCAAUUAACAAUAACCGGGGCAGUGUAAACAAUUAAUCAAAAAGAGGCUGAAAGCUAAACAUCAAACUAAGAGAAUUACACAUCUUGUAUUUAAGACAACCAAGCAGUGUCGCUUUAAGUACAGCCCUCUAGCUUAAUGCCAACAUAUAAUUGAAAUGCCAUUGACAUGAUUGUCGCUGUUUUAGACUCCUCAGAGACACCGACAUUUGAACACAAAUGGUGGAGUAACAGUUGUCGGCAAAUAAUACGACAAUAUUCACAGGCAUAUAUUCUUUAUCUUCUAUGAGAAAAAAAAAACUAUUACAGAAUCUUCCUGUGUUGCUUACAGUAGCAGUAGAAAAGGAAGUACUAUUCUUCCUUAUUCAUGGCGGUAUGACGACAAUACUGCCCGCCGGUGGCUUAGGCGGGUACAACAGAAAGAGCAGCACAAUGAAAUUAAACGUAGCAUUAAAUCAUGAUGCACAAGCGGUUGAAAUCUUGACAUUCUCUUUAACUAUGAUAUUACUGUUUUUUGAGUCAAAUUUUAUAGACAAUGCUUUCCUUUUCAUAAAAUGUUUGUAGGAGGGUGGCUGGAACAGGUUAAAGGCAUUUUCAUUUAUCUCAAUGGGGAAAGAUGAGUGGUUUGAGUCACGAGAGCAAUCAAAGGAUAAAUUAAAUUAACAUCCCAAAGCAUCACAGUAUUCACCUGUUUAAAUCUCAAUUGAACCAGAAAGUUUAUUGGUACAGAGAGAAUAACAAAAAAACUGAACAUGUAUACAUUUCCCCCAAAAGCAGAAUACCCCUAACUUUUUGUGAGUGGAUAUAUAUUAGAAUUAAUAUUUAUUUUCUUGCAGAGAGUACAUGAGGAUUAAGACUCACAUCUUCUAAUUGGUAACCACAGUUAGCUUAGCAUACAUUUGUGAUAAAGUGAUUAGUCGUACUUUAACAAUUGAUCCGGGAAUAUAAAGUUGGCUCCUCGACUAAUCAAUUCAACCCCGAGUUUUAAAACGACUUGGCCAAAAUGAACAGAAUCCAUCCUCUUCAACCCGUUAGGAAGAGAACUGCACUAUAUUAUGCAUUUUCUUGUUCUAGUUUUGCUUGUCCUUUCAGGGAAAAAGCUCAAUCUUCCAAAUUGUAAGGAGGAGUGAAAACUGUUGAUUUGGACAGAAGUUAGUAAGAAGCAAAGAAAUGACAACAAGGCAAGGCAUUGUCGAAUUGUACAUAUAUUUGAAAAUGUGGAUGUAGUGAAAUAGACAGUCGUCAACUCUUUCUCCAGCCACUCUCUAAGAAAAAAAACAGGCAGCUCAGUAACAUCUUUCCAUUGGCAUCAUUCAAGCGGAGGUUGGCUGUCUUUAAUGCAGGAAAUAUAAACUGAAGUAGGCGAGAGCGCAAGAGAUGAGGGGAGAGUCACAAGAGGAAAAAUGUGAUGAAAAGUCAAGCAAAUUUUUUUGGGUGUUUAUAUUGAUGUUAGCGAGUUUGUGAUUGUGUGCUAUUGUGUCAAAUGCGAGAGAGAACAAGUGUUUGUGAACUAUACGUGUCUAAAAGUGAUGAGUAUUAGAGACUGCCAGCAGAUGUGUCCAUAACAGUCCAUUUCUAGCGAAUUAGUCAUGUCAUUUGAUUUUUAUUAUAGCCAAAGUGGAGAAUGAAUUGCUAUUGCGGAAGAUUUGGUCAUUCCUGGCAGCUCUUUUUCUUUGUGAUGUGAUGUGAACACGUUAAGGAAUGAGGACAGAUAUUGGAAGCUUUUCAUGAACCCAAAAUGAUGUUUCUUUUUACUGCAUAAAGGAGAUGGAAGUGAUUUGGAAAAGGGUGACUGUAUGCAACUUAUAUUUAUCAGUAUCCAAGCAGAUUACUUCUUUUCAAUAUUUGUGUUUUUUUUUUUUCUUUAAGUGAUACAUUUGCCAUGAUCAGAGCUGAAUGCUCUGAUAAUAGACAAUAUAUAUAUCUAUGACAUCAUGUGUACGGACACAGUAUUACAGCAUUUAUGUUCACUUUGUUUGGUCUUAACACUGUGAUUCUAUAUAUUUGGUUUCAAUUACUCCACUUCUUUUUACAUGAACAAUAUGUCUGGUAAAUAAACCAUAUUGUAUUAUUA